UGAUCAGAGAUGGCGGGCGCCUCCGACCCCCUGGAAGAUAUGCUGUUUUCAGAGGUCGAUGAGAAAGCCGUCAGCGACCUGGUGGGCUCGCUAGAGUCACAGCUGUCCGGCCAAAGCAACGCAGUGGGCAAAACAGAGGAAAACGGAGGCGCUGGCUCUAACCAUCACUUAGGCAAAACGCUCCCGGGUCCAGUGAGCAUCACAACACCAGAACAGCAACAACAAGCGGGACGGCGGAGUAAAGCCGACAUGUCCCCGGACAGCUGUCCCCCGCAGGGCUGGUCACGUGGUGCGUCCAUCACAACAGCCCGGCAGGUCGGGACCGCGUCCAUCCGGGUCUCCCCGGGGGCGGGCUCACCUGGGACAGGUGAGACCCCGGUCCGGAGGCGAUCAGCCGCGCCGAGGAGGAGCGCCUCUGCGCGGAUCAAGAGUCUGAACGGAGCCGUGACCAUGACCCGCAGGACCGGGACUGGGUCCGUGCAGGGUCCCGGGGACCCAGGACCGGGACCGGCGUGCACCGCGUCCAUCAACACCUCCACCUUCACGCUGUCAAGCGCCAGCCUGGCCCCGGGCCGGUCCGCCGUGGCCCUGGACCGGGGCACCCCCACCAUCGCCCUGCAGAGGCUGCCCAGCCACAUCGUGGCCAGCAUGGCCCAGAACGGCACCGGGACCACGGUGUCGGCCCUGGUCCUGGCUGCACCCAGGGGGGACCCCUGCAAACCCAGCCCAGAGCCGGGCCAAGGGACCCCCAGGGCGGAGGAGGGACCGUCCAAACCCAGUCCUGAGCUGCGGUGCAGUCCGCCUGGAGGGGUCAGCUCUGAGGGGACCCCAGUACCGACCCUGGUAGCGACCACGGUACCGACCCCGGUACCGACCCCGGUCCCCACCACGGUCCCCACCACGGUCCCCACCACCUCGGCUGCAGCAGUCUCCCAGCCUCCCGCCACCUGUGCAUCAUGUGGGACUGCUCAGACUCAGACCACAUCUGUCACCACAUCUGUCACCAUGGCAACCCAGAGCGUGGUGAGACCACCGGCCCCCUCCGUCACCCCUGUCACCCCUGUCACCCCCGCACAGCCCCAGCCGCGACCCGGACCCGCAGCCGCCCCCAGGCUCGUCGCCCCGCAGCUCAUCGUCAGACCUCAGCAGCAGCAGACCACCAUCCAGCUGCCGCCCGGCUUCACCAUCCCGCCUGGGAUGGUGCUGGUUCGUACGGAGUUGGGUCAGUUGGUGAUGGUUCCUCAGCAGGCGUUGGCUCAAGCUCAAGCUCAAGCUCAGGCCCAGAACAGCAUUUCUCCGCGCCCUGCAACCCCCACCACAGGGACGUCCUUCAGAGUAACAACUCCACAGCAGUCUCCUGUGACCUCUCAGACCAGCAGGCAGUGUCCUUUGACCCCGGCCAACAUGGCACCGUCUCCCUCUCCCACUCCUUCCAGCCCUGCCCUGCAGACCUCCUCCUCUUCCUCCUCCUCCUCCUCCUCCUGUCCUGCACUUCGACCUAAGGGCCCCGUGGCACCGGCCGUGGCGGUGACGGCUCCGCAGCAGUCCCCCGUGGUCAUGGCCCCCCAGGCGCCGGCCCAGCCCGUCUCCCAGCCUGUACAGCCCGUGCAGACGAGCGUCGCAGCGGCCCCCGGGGGUCCUGUCGUGUCCCAGGAAAUGCAGGAGAAUGUGAAGAAGUGUAAGAAUUUCUUGGCCACGCUCAUCAAACUGGCGUCUCACAAUUCUCCCUCCCCUGAGACUUCCAAGAACGUCAAGUCUCUGGUUCAGGACUUGCUGGAUGCCAAGAUUGAGCCGGAGGAGUUCACCAGCCGGUUGCAGACUGAGCUCAAGUCGUCACCGCAGCCAUACCUGGUGCCUUUUCUCAAGAAGAGCCUCCCGGCCCUGAGGCUGUCUUUGCUGAACAGUCAGCAGUCCCUGACCCAGCCCCCGCAGCAGGGAGUCAAACCAGCACCCGGCGCCACCCCUCCUGCCAUCGUGAGUGGGCCAGCUGUGCGCAUCAGCCACCCUAACAGCAUCAGCACCCCUGGGGGAGCGGGUGCACUGCCCGCUGGGACGCUCGGACAUGCAGCUGCCAUGGGCGUCAAGACGGGAGGUACUGUUGGUGGCCAGGUCCGGAUGCCGGUGGUCAUCACGCAGUCCAUCAGAGCGCAGGGCACGACGGGGAAGGGAACCAUCAUCCAGGCAGGCAAAAGUCCCAUGGGCCUGCCUGUUCAGAUCUCCGGGAAUCAGAAAAACAAGCUCAACGACCCCGGAGGAGGCUCUUUCAGAGAUGACGACGACAUCAAUGACGUGGCCUCCAUGGCGGGGGUCAACCUAAACGAGGAGAGCGCCAGAAUACUGGCGACCAACUCCGAGCUGGUGGGAACCCAGAUCCGCUCGUGUAAGGACGAGGCCUUUCUCCAUCCAGGGCUGCUACACCGACGCAUCCUGGAAACUGCUAAGAAGUUCGGAGUGACGGAGGUUCCCAUGGAGGCCGUGACGUUCAUCUCGCACGCUACACAGUCACGACUUCGAACCGUGGUAGAAAAGGUUUCUGUCAUUGCUCAGCACCGACUGGACUCCUGUAAGGAUGACGAGUGCUACGAGCAGUGUGGCGACGUUCGCUCGCAGCUUCGCUUCUUCGAGCAGCUGGAGAGAAUCGAGAAGCAGAGAAAGGACGAGCAGGAGAGGGAGAUCCUUCUGAAAGCCGCUAAAAGUCGCUCCAGGCAAGAGGACCCAGAGCAGGCUCGACUGAAACAGAAAGCUAAGGAGAUGCAACAACAAGAACUGGCCCAGAUGAGGCAGCGAGACGCCAACCUCACAGCACUAGCUGCCAUCGGACCCCGGAAAAAACGUAAAGUGGACUCACCGGGGGCGACGCCAUCAGGAACCGAGGUGUCCGGCAGCGCGGCCGGCUCCCCGGCCGGCUCCUCCGCCGCGUCCUCCUCGUCUCGCCAGUACGCUCGGCAGCGCAUCACUCGCGUCAACCUCAGGGACUUAAUAUUCUACAUGGAGCAAGAGAGAGAGACGGCCCACUCCCUCCUGCUGUAUCGUGCCCUGCUCAAGUAGCCUCUGCUCCGCUCAGCACCCACCUCAACCUCCACCUCCUCUCCCCCCCAGCCACGUGCCUUCAGAUCAGGUCUAACGUUUCAGCUCUGUGUCUCCAUAAGUACUGUAGUGAUGUUUGACUGUAGCUUUUGACGGCAAGAACGCAAGACGGACGUAGAGAAAAUACACAAAAAUCACGGCCAUCUGUUCAGUUUCACAAUUUGUAGAUUUUAAGGCAUUAUCACGUUUUUAUUUGUGUGUUUGUGUGUGAGUGUUGGAUUUGUGAGAGUGAUUGAUGUUUGCGGCAGGACUUCAUCCUGGGCGUGUCCUGGGUGCAUUCUGGGUCGUUUGGAAGCUAAUUAAGGAUUAUAUUUCCCUCAGAAAGGUGCGAUCACACCUCGACGCGGCCUCCGAUAUUCCUCAUCGAGAUAUUUGUUGAACCCAGUUCGAUGAAUGUAGUCUAGCUGAUCUUAAUUAAAAGAGACUUUCUAUGCUGAUGCUUCAUUUCUAACCAGUCAGAUUCCAGAUAACAGCAUCCGAUUACAUUUCCUUACUGUGUGUGUAAAUAGUUCUUUUUGAAUUAUUUCACAGCAUGUACGUAUAUUUUUAUCACAUGUAAGCUUUGUAAGAAAAAGAGUGAUUCAUGCGUCGAUAUUAUGGACCCUGAUGUUUUUUUAAAACAGACUCCCUCAGAGGUCAUUUAAGCAAACGGUGGUCGGCAUGUGACGCCCUCUUCUGCAGGGUCAUGCUUGUUGGGUGAGUCAGUAUUGUUUUUAUCCACACAUAAUGUGAACCUUGGUUGUUUUUUUUUAACUAGCUGUUUUUUAAUUUGUGUCCACCCACGUGCCAGUUUAAGGAGUCGCGUCUUGGUUAUAUUGUAAGUGGGGAAAAAGUGAAAUCCGGCAUUCCUUUAUGUUCGUGUCCUGCGUGUUCGUCGCUGAUGUUCGAGACCAGAGUUCAGCUUGUUCGCACCUCCGCACUCACCUGCCCACAUUUUCACGAUGACUGAAUGAACAGGCCGUCUCUGAAACGUCUUGGUUUACAGCACUUGUAUUUGUUUGUAGUUUUGACCCCGUAUUUAAUAAAAAAAAUAAUAAUUAAAAAAACCCCAACAAAAGUUAACUGUAAAGUAUUGUUAAAUAGUGGAAGAAUGCAGAUCCAUGAGUCCAGCCUAAAGCCGCUUUUUCUUUUGCCCCGUUUUGCUACGACUCUUUUUCCAGUACUGACUGAAGAGAAAUGAGAAAACAAGACUAUUGUUUUUACGCAUUAUGUUGGGUUUUUGCCUUAUUUGUAUUAUUCACAUAUCCUUAUUGAAUAUUGUGAUGUUGUCCACUAUGUUUUAUUUCAUUUCAUUUGUUUUAUUUAACUACAGAUUUUGGCCUCUAUGCAGCUUUUCUUGUCAAAUCAAAAUUUAUUUAAAAUAAAUGACUUUUUUUUUUGUUUAAAUUGUUGCACAUUGUAAAUGUCAACAGCACUUUUUCUUGUGUCUAUUUUACCUGACGGCUGAGAGCUGUCUUUGUAUUAUAGCAAAGAAAUGAAUCUUUAAAGUAUUAUUGCCAAUUUCUGUCAAAAAGCACUAAUUUUUCACAAUUAAUAUAUUUCUUUUUUAUUAUUAUUGUGAUUAUCUUUUAUGCUUAACACAUUUUCAUAACCUUUAUCUCCAAAAUACUCAUGUUUUAGAAACAAGCACAACGAUACGUAUAUUGUUGUUAUUUCAAACAAUUUUAUUAAUGAUUUCUAUGGUUUCGGGGGCUUCACAGGAGAACAUUUCUACUGCUACUACAGCUUUUUAGCCGAUAUCAUAGGAUGAUAUUCCUGAUGUAAACAGAUGAGGUAAUUACAUUUCAAUGUGAGGAUAAUUUGUAAAUAUUGUUUACGAAACUAUGUGUUUAUUAGAACCAGGUUAUUUUUGGUAAACUCUUGUACAUAUCUUGGAAAUUUCCUGUUUGUGUGAAAAAACAAAAACAAAACAAAAAACAAAACUUACGUAUUUGUACCUAUUUUGUAAAUGAAUAA